ACAGAAACAUUCUCUUCUUUUGGGUGGAUAAUGAAAAUAUCUUUAGCAGAAAAAAAUGUGUUAGUCAACCAUAUAUAUAAGUUAUAUUUCAAAUAGACGAAGUCGUCAUGGAAAAUACAGCGGAGUGCCGCGUGACCUGGUAUCGUAUCACAGAGUCUUGAGCUUCGCCCGGCAAACUGAGAGAAGCGAGUCAUAAUGGGUGGCGAGAGUUUCGAUCCUCCUCCGUUUUCCACUGGUAUUUGGUUUCAAAGACGAAAUUUCAUCUGUGUCAAGGAUGAAUCAUCACUAACCCCAAAAUUCCCACUUGCAUCAAUUACUUCCAGUGUUUUCAGUGGGAAUGAGGAGGGUUGGAGUCACAAGUCAGAAAAUUUUUCAGUUCUCAAUGCGGAGAGUGGACUAAAUUUUGGAGGAUUUCAAGAUGAGUGUCCUCGUCUUUCUUUGAUUUCUGAGGCCACAGAGAGGCAGAGAGUCAAGGUCUACACAGAGGUAUUGAGGAGUUACGAGGAGUUGCGGCCUCGGAUUGACAGGUUGGAAGAGGCUAAAAGUAGACUUUUGAGCUAUACUCCUGGUGCAUGGGCUGAAAAGAUAGACGUCAUGGAUUUGAGUGAGUAUGAUGUACCAAAUACUACGUUGCUUUUGCUAAUAGGACCAAAGGGUUCUGGCAAGAGCAGUCUUAUCAACAAAAUUUCUCGGGUGCUUGAGAACGACAUAAUCGUAUCAGGAAGAGCCCAAGUUUCAUGGAACUCUUCUAAAGAAGAAGGGACCUAUUUCCUCCAUGAGUAUGUGAUCCCAAGAGGUUCAGGUUCCUUUUGUUUAUAUGAUACACGCAGUUUGUCAGAUGAUUCCUCUGAAAACCUGAAAAUGCUUCAGCGUUGGAUGACGAAAGGUGUCUGUCAUGGGGAAUUGGUCAAAAGAAAAUCUGAUGGUGAGGAUUUAAAAGCUCGGUUAAAGUGUAAGGCUCGGAGGAGUCGUUCUUCCAGUCAGUUCAGAGAAAUUAACUUUGUCAUAUUUGUCGUGAAUGGGCUUUCUGUAUUGGAAUCUAUGGAUAGCGUUGACGGAAAGAAGAAAGAGUACUCUCAAAUGAUAGCUACUAAUUUCAACAAUCCCCUGUUGUCCUUUAAAGAUGACAAGCCUAUUGUUGUCAUCACACAUGGAGAUUUACUUUCACUUUCUGAUCGCGUAAGAAUCCGUGUUUAUCUGGGAGAGCUCCUAGGUGUCCCUCCAAAGGGACAAAUUUUUGACAUCCCAGAGAGCAAUGAUUCAGCCACCGAUUUGGCAAUAGUUGAUAUGUUAAUCUAUUGCCUCGAGCGUGCUGAUAGAAAUCUUCCUCCCAAAAACCUGUUUGUGGGCGAGGUACCUUCCUUGAGGUGUAUGCUCCUCUGCAUUGUUCUGGCAAUGGUUGUUGUCUUUCAAGUACAUCGAUUCUACACUCACCAGCCUCGAGCACCUACUGCUCCAUCGCCAAUGCAAGUGGAUUGGUAUAGAAUUCGACAUUUGUGGUUGGGAUAGAUAAUUCUCAGUUAAUGCUCUCUCAGUUAAAGCUAUGAUUUAAGUAACAUGUAAAUAAGUGCUCUUGCACUUCCAAGUUUGUUGGUACAUAUGUUCAUAGGUUUAGAACACAUUUGGUGUACAAGAAUCUCUUAAACAAUGCACAAGAGACAACUGAUAAAGAAACCACAUAAAUAGUUAUGCCUUGUGUUAAUUUCCUUUUUAUUUCUAGUACAUAUUUCACAAUCUUUCAACUUCAAGCUGCAAAGUUUCUACGAGGCAAAUUUAAAACAUACAAGCAAGAACAAGAAAUCCAUCGAGCGACCACUGUUGGGCAAUGAACAGAUAAAUAAUGGAUUAUAUGAAUAAGAAAAAAAAAUAUAUAUUUGAAAAUUAAGAAAAUGCUGAAUAAGAUCAACGUUUUUAUAGGCUACGACGCCUUUAUGUUACAGGCAUGGAGCAAAAGGAUGAAGAAUGCUUUCAAUAAAAAACCAGCCGAAAGGGUAUUUCUGGGGGCUCUCUUUCACCACUGCAGCUUCAGUGACGCUCCCAGACAAGGCACAUACUUAAAACAAGGGCUUCAAAAAUGGGCUAUUUAAUUCAGUAUAAAAUGUAUACCUACUUCAGUCAAGGAUCAAGUUCCACUAGCAAGAGUUUGGAA